AUGUUUUUUAGUGUGAUCUACCAAUCGAAGAAGCCGGAAGAGUUGGGCGAGGUGUUUUUGGACGUUAAUAAGCUAUCAGCUGAUGGGACGACUUCCCUCUCAACGACAUCGUGGAGCAAAGACGGCACUCAUUACGCGUAUGGGCUGUCCGAGAAGGGCUCUGACUGGGUUACGAUUAAGUUCAUGAAAAAUGACCGCACCCAACUUCCGGACGUCAUCGACGGGGUCAAGCAUUCCGGGAUCUCUUGGAUGCCUGAUGGAAGCGGGGUCUUUUACUGCAAAUACCCGGAACAUCACGGCGCCAAAGAAGGGACGUCUGUGGACAAGCACGAGUUCCACUCCCUCUACUUCCACAAGCUGGGGACGGACCAGAAAGAUGACGUGCUCGUUUACGACUAUCGCGCAAACCCGGAUAUCAUGAUUGGGACGCACGUGACGGAAGACGGGCGUUAUUUGAUCAUUGAUCUGACCCGUGGCUGCGAUCCCUACAAUAUGCUUUAUUAUGUCGAUUUGGAGAAGAACGGCCCUAUCGUCGGGAAGGUGAACCCGGUGCCGAUUGUGGACAAGCUCGAAUCGAAAUAUCAUUAUGUGCACAAUUUUGGCGAGGAAUUUUACAUCCACACCGACAAGGAUGCGCCAAACUAUCGUAUUUUCAAGCUGCACUUGAGCGACGUAAACAAGCACACCCCGUUCAUCGACGAGAAGGAGCACAAGCUGAGCUGGGGCUCCCCGGCCGCUGGGAAGCUGCUGAUGCUCUCCUACCUCGAGGAUUGCAUCAGCACCCUGUACGCGCACGAUAUCUCCACCGGCGAGAAGUACUACCAAAUUCCGCUCGGGAUCGGCACGCUCAUGUCUUGCUUCAUGCGCUGGAACAAGGAUGAGCUGUUUUUCACCGUGGACUCCUUCCUGACGCCGACAAUCGUGUACGGGAUGAAUUUCAAGGACGUGCCCGCGAACAAGAUGCCGGAACUCCGGGAGAUCCGUCGCGUCAAGUUGAACAACAUGGACGUCUCGGAAUUCGAGACUCGUCAAAUAAAAGUGCCCAGCCGCGACGGGACCAAGGUCAACAUGUUCAUCAUCUGCCGCAAGGACAUUGAGCUGAAUGGCAAAAACCCGACAUUUUUGAAUGGAUACGGUGGGUUCAACAUCCCGGAUGUGCCGACCUUCUCGAUCACCCGGCUCUGCUUCCUCAAGUACUUUGGAGGCGUUGUGGCUGUUGCUAAUCUGCGAGGCGGCGGGGAAUACGGCGAGAAAUGGCAUCAAGGAGGGAUGCGCGAGAAUAAGCAAAACACAUUUGACGACUUCCAAGCUGCAGCGAAGGCGCUGAUCGAUGCCAAGUAUACGUGCCCUGAAAAGCUUGCGAUUCAAGGCGGCUCGAAUGGUGGUCUCCUGAUGGGCGCGUGCUCUCAACAGCGUCCGGAACUUUUCGGAGCCGUCAUCAAUCGAGUCGGCGUCCUCGAUAUGCUCCGCUUCCACAAAUUCACCAUUGGCGCGGCUUGGGUCCCCGAAUAUGGAAACCCCGAUGAGGCCAAGGAUUUUGAAUUCCUUUCCAAGUACUCCCCACUCCACAACAUCAGCUUCCCGAGCAAUGGACAAUGGCCCGCCACGCUGCUGAUGACGGCUGACCAUGAUGAUCGCGUCGUGCCCGCCCACACCCUGAAAUAUGUAGCCGAAUUGUAUCAUAAGGCGAAACAACAGCCGGCCCAGUCGCAGCCCCUUCUCGCCCGAAUCGAAGUAUCUGCCGGGCACGGCGCCGGGAAACCGACCCACAAAGUGAUUGCCGAAUAUGUGGACAUGUACUCCUUCUUGCAGCGUGUACUGGACCUUGAAUGGCGUGGC